GAUGAUAAAAGGGGUCUUGCACCUCGUCGGUGUUCUCAUCCAUUUGGUAUUUCGAUGUAAGCGAAGUCGUGAUCAGGAGACAUCCUCGUCGUCGUCUAGGCACAAAUCACUAGAAGGGGCAGAGAAUUAUGUGGCAGAUGUUCUCAUUACUGACCAACGCGGAUGAUCCAUCGCUGUUGAGACACAGCGGUCAAUGAUUUUGAAAAAGUGUGAUACUACAGUAUUGCAACCCGAUCCUCAUUUUGCAGCCAGCAAGCAAGCAAGGUCGCAGCCCUUGUGUGAUGAUGAGUUCCAAAGAAAGGAAUUAUGAUCCUCUAUGUUCAUGCCGAGAGAUGGAGAGCGGUAGCAAUGAAGCUGAUGACGUCGACUGAGACUUCAGUUUUACACAAGGUUUGUGCACGCAAGAGAACUAUAUGGGCUCUCUUUGUUACAGCUCCGGAUGGGUAUCCGUCCGAAACAGCGUGGUCGCUGUACUAGAAGUCAAAAUGGUGAUCGUGUAUUUUAUGGUGGCGAUGCAUUCAUGGCACCUGGAAAGCAGAAAUGCUCGAGCUCACUUUUACCUCUUAAUGUCGAGUGGUCGAAGAGAUGGUCUAAUGAGUGCGGACACAUGUGGACAGACUGGACAAGAUCGGACUCGGUCUCCAGUUCUCAACAACAUGGAUUCAUGCCUACUCUAGAAAAUGGUCGUAGCAUCAGCAUCCAGAGAUUUGCUUGGUACGAAUAUUAUUAUGGAAUGUCACAUGUUCAUCCCUCAAACAAUUCAUGCACCUCGCCAUCGGGCUUGGGCUUGGGAUUUUCUUUCGUAGUCGAGCGGUUACGAGCCUAUCGAGUGUCUAAAUCAUUAUGCAGAGAGUCCUGGAUACGUGGGUCGGUCCAUCUCGUGAAUUGGUUCUCGAAAGAAUUGGUUCGAAUUCGCCUGCCAGCUCGAUUCAGCUCACGAGAACCACAGUGAUAGUGAUGAAUGUUCUGUGUUCCUCCCCCUACUUUCGCAGCAUCGGCAUACAGCUCAGGCACCGAACUGAGCUGUACGACUGUGGAAGAAGUAAGAAGUGCAGCACAAGUGCUGGGAGGGAGGCCAUAAUUCGGAUCCGUCAAACCACACUCGGCUCGGUCAGGACUACCUACACUAGCAGCAGCAGCAGGAGGAGGAGGAGGAGGACGACGACGACGACGAGACAUGCAUGUACAGCACAAGGUUGAAGGUCCCUAGUGCAAUUCUAGGUGGAUUCCGGGUUAACCGCACAACGGUUUCUAAAGGUAGCUAUGUAACUAGGGAUGUACUUACACAAGUGAUUGUAAAUAAAUAUUGCAUUAUUAAUUAAUCAAUCAAAUUUCCACGCCGUAUUCUACCUUGAGAAUUAUACAAUCGGCAAACAAGCAAGAGCUUGUUUGCCGAUUGUAUACCACGCAACAUCUUUUUCCAAGCGAAGUUAAGGCUAAAAGCAAUCCAUCACACUUGUUCAAUUUGUGCGUUCGAGGUUCUUAUUGGGUCAGAUGGAAAUCCGAAGCUUUCACCUUUUGGAACAGGAUUAAAGCUCAAG